GCGCUCCCUCUUCUUCUUAUUUUAAAUUUGUGUGUCAAAAUAAAUUAGUUAGGGUACAAGAAAAGCGGCUUCAACCUUCUACUCUUUUCAUGGCAUUGCGCAUUGGCAAAUUAGCUACUCUUUUCUCGGGAUCGUACAUUUCCGCAUUCAGUUCCCUGGGCUUCAAGAAACUCAAUGUGCGUACGAUCAUCGUCUCAAGACUCAUGCAAAACAACUUCUCUAAUCAACAUCCAGAUCUAGGUGCUAAGACGGAUGAUCAAGAAUUUCAGAAAUGGUGCAAUGGAGGUGGCAUGUAUCAUAAAUCUGCUCAUAUAGAUCCAACUGCUCAAAUAGAGAUCGGGGCCGUUGUUCACUCAGAAUCUGUGGUGGGUGCAAAUGUCUGCAUUGGUUCAGGAACCAUUGUUGGACCUGCUGUUACGAUUGGUCAAUCUACAAGAACAGGUUACAACGUUGUGUUCAGCAAUUGCUCAAUUGGCGAUUCUUGUGUUAUUCAUCAUGGGGUCGCCAUUGGUCAAGAUGGUUUUGGCUUCUUCGUUGAUGAACAAGGGAUUAUGGUGAAGAAGCCUCAAAGUUUGAAAGCAAGGAUAGGCAACCAUGUGGAAAUAGGUGCAAACACGUGCAUUGACAGGGGCAGUUGGCGAGAUACAGUAGUUGGGGACCAUACCAAGAUCGAUAAUUUGGUGCAGAUAGGUCACAAUGUGGAGAUAGGGAAAGGUUGUAUGUUAUGUGGACAAGUAGGGAUUGCCGGUUCAGUAACUAUAGGAGAUUAUGUUACACUAGGAGGAAGAGUUUCAAUCCGUGAUCAUGUCUGUAUAGCAUCAAAGGUCAGGCUAGCUGCCAAUAGCUGUGUGACCAAGAACAUCAGUGAAGCAGGGGAUUAUGGAGGCUUCCCUGCUAUGCCUAUUCAUGAAUGGCGAAAGCAGGUCGUCAGUGUCCGCCAAAUUUCAAAGGAAUUUUGGCACCACAAAAAGACAUAGUCUGCUUCCAACUUACCUACCAUGUCCAAGGACAUAAGUUGAUAGUGCCAUGUCAGGGAAGGUUUUGAAGAUUAUUCAGAGGACGGGGGGAGAAGUCAGCUCAGUUGUUGGCUACUGAUAGAAGAGGUUGGUGAUUUUAUCUUCAAAGCUACAAAGAGUAAAGGUUACUCAUUUUCUUCUUUGCUCAUUUGCUGUCAUCUUAUUUCCUGUACCAUAAGAACAUCGGAAUAU